ACGACGACACCGAGGAGAGUUGCUCUGCGUUUGUACAAAUUGUACUUUUUCCUGUCUUUAUCUCUGUAUAAUCUGGACUUGUUUGGGUUUCUCUGCGUUCGAACCUGGAUAUCGAGUGGAACAGACGAGCAAACACCUCCCACGAUUUGGUUCCUACACAGCCGCCUCACAUUAUCGCCGCGUCCGUACCGAGACCACGCAAUCUCUUACGAACUUACGAAGUACAAAGUCGGGCCUGAUAGACAGGCAUAUCUGGAGUAUACCAAUACAUUGACGCCGGAGUCAUAGAACUAUACCACGAACGGAGGACCCGGAUGGACGUCGACAUGGUUCAGAUUCAGUCGAAGUCGCAACCAUUACUCCCCGACAAGUCAAUGUCGUCUACGUCACAAACAACACCUCACGCUCCUCCUACCUCCGAUCUCUCGAACGCCCCACCUUCUUCGCAGUACGAACUCAACUCUCCAAUCUGGACUCGGCUCCCCGUCGAACUCGUUUUCGCUACGCUCCUGGACCUCGCGCUUUCUCUACCCGUCACUGAACCCCUCCCCCCUAUUCCUACCAGGUCCAGCCCGCCAUCACCGUCUCUCGACGGACCAAGUUCACCUACCAAUGACGAAAUGCUUCCGAAAGCCACUACCGAACAUCACGAACGACACGAACACGAACAACCAGACCCCCAUCACAUCCCAAUAACCUCCCGCAAAGACCUCCUCCUCCUCUCCUCCUCCGUCCGGCGCCUCGUCUCACCCACGAUCUACACCUCCCUCAUCCUCCGCGCGCACGCCCAAGUCCUUGGCUUUGGGGCGCUCUUCCUUCCGAAGAGGCCUGUGUUCGGGCAGUUGGAUCCUGUUAUUAUUAGCGUUCCGUGGAUCAGGAAUCACGCUCUCCCUGGCCCCUCCUCCCUGAACCCUAACUUCGACACUAAGCAGACCCAGAAACCAAUCCAGAAACCUAAACCCCUCUCCCUAGCCCUCCCUCUCCCGCCCUCGCUCCCCUCCCUCGAAUCCACGCUCGAAUCUCUCGCCUCCCAUGGUACCUUCUCCGCCCUGCAAAACCUCGCUCUCACGCCCGCAGUACACGCCGCGCAUGGGUAUUGGAUGCGGAGAUGGGUGAGGCCGAGGGCGGUGAUGAUUUUUCAGGUUGCGGGGGGAUGUGGCGCUGGCGCUGGGGGCGGCGCUUUCGGUGCGUUAACUAGUGCUGGUGGAGGGGGUGGUGGGGCAGGGGAUGGUGGGGGUGUAGGAGGGAGGAGAACGUAUGGCGGACGGACCGAGAUCAACUGGCGCGAUCGUACCUUUUCCAAUGUUGAAGACCUCUACACAUGCACCCUCCGCGCCUUCGGAACCAGCUCCAUCGCAGACCUCAUCAUUCCUUCCAUCCCCAGUUCCAGCUCUAACCCUAUCACCGUCGUCCUUCCGAACAGCGUCAGUGGUCAUGGCGAGGGAAAGUUGAAGAGAAUAGCCCUCUGGUGCGAGGAACGUAGGCUUAAUUACACACUCGAUCAAAUCGAAAGCACAUUUUUCGAAUCGAAGGAAGAAGACCCGUUCAAUCCAUUCAAUCCUCCUCGUGAUAGCGACCGCCCGCCAGCCAUCCAAUUCCUCGACAUGAUAGUCCUACACGUGCGGCCUCAUUCGCCAGACGUAGAUAAGGCGGGAUUGGAGCGAGGAGAGGGGAUUGGAUGGAUGGGUGUUUUUGAGGAGAGGGUAAAGGAUGUGAGUGGGCGGAGAAACGUCGAUUUUUUGAGGGAGGAGAAGUUUUUUGUUGUUCCGGAUAUGGCGCCAGUGAGGUAUAAGACUGGGAGGAUGGAGUGGAAGUCGGUUGUUGAUGGCGGGUUUGGUCUUGGUCCUCAUCAACGCUCUUCCACUUCGAACUCGGAUACCUGUGACGGUACUGGCGGUGGUGGUGGCGAAGGCGAGCCCCUAGGGACAGGCGACGUAUGGGCUCGAGCGAAGGAAUGGCGGAUGUUAGCAGGCGAGGGUUAUGAGGCUAUCGUACCUCCUCAGGGACGAGAACGAGGUGGUGUAUCUCCGUUUAGAUAUGAUUUCGGGUUCUCGUUCGUCGUUGGGCCCGGCGGCGCUCUUCUCCCUUCCGCCACCAGCACCAGCACCAGCACCAUCCCCCCUCCCCCUCCCACUGCCACGGCCUCCUCCUCUAUCCCAACCGCCGCCACCACCGCCACCCCCUCAACCCCCACGCAAUCCCGCCUCCUCAAAAUGCUACACAUCUGGAACGCCACGGAGGAGCAAUAUCGCACAGCGAGCAUGGAAGGCUGGUUCAGAGGCGGAGAGUGGGAUGUCGAGUUGGGUGCGGAGGGGAUGGAAGGAGGUGGGGCGGGGGGAUGGGCAGCGAUGAGUGGGGGAAUGGGGGGUGGGGUGGGUUGGAGGACUGAUACUCCUUGGCCCGGGCCUUGAAUCCAUUCAUAACUAUACGCUUGUUCCACCGCCGAUGCUCCGGCUUCUACCCCUCGAGGAAACCUCCACUUCUCCUGCAAUGAAUCGUCCACCGGCAGCCACGACACACGUCCUUCGACCCAGUCUCGAUGCGACGUUUAGUGUAUGUUGUAUCUGUCUUGCUUUGUUUUAUCUCCC